AUGAACGGAACCACAGAGCCCGUCAAAGCAGCUUCUGCCGCCACCCAGACCACGGAGCCCGUCAAGAUGAACGGCACAGCUACACCGGACGCAGGUCUCUUCGGCGACGAGCUCAUCUCCCCUGAAGUCGCAAAGGCCCUCCCCGACGGCUACAAGAUCCGCGCCCUGCGACAGUCCGACUACCAUGCCGGCUUCCUCGACUGCCUGCGUGUCCUGACCACCGUCGGAGAAAUCACAGAGGAACAAUUCGCCCAGCGCUUCGAGUGGAUCGGAAGGCAGGACGGCGGGUACUACAUUCUGGUCAUUGAGGACGGCGGCAAGGUCGUCGGCACGGGCGCCCUCAUCGUCGAGCGCAAGUUCAUCCAUAACCUCGGCCUGGUUGGCCAUAUCGAGGAUAUCGCCGUCGCAAAGGACCAACAGGGCAAGAAGCUGGGCCUGCGCCUGAUCCAGGCUCUCGACUUCAUCGCCGAGAAGGUCGGCGCCUACAAGACCAUCCUCGACUGCAGCGAGGCCAACGAGGGCUUCUACAUCAAGUGCGGCUUCAAGAGGGCCGGGCUGGAGAUGGCCCACUAUUACAAGAAAUAA